AAAAGAAGAUCGUAAGCCAGUGAAACCGGAAAUGUCAAGCGACUGACUGCAUUAUAUCUCCACUUUAAAACAUGAUGUAUUGCUAAUGUAAAGGAAGAAACAGUCAUAUAACAUCGUCAAGGAGCAAACUGCGAACAUGACAAAUGUGUACUCUUUCGACGGCAUCUUGGUGUUUGGGCUGCUGUUCAUCUGCACCUGUGCAUACCUUAAAAAGGUGCCUCGCCUCAACAGCUGGCUGCUGUCAGAGAAGAAAGGAGUGUGGGGCGUCUUCUACAAAGCGGCGAUAAUUGGGACACGGCUUCACAUUGCCGUGGCGGCUUCCUGUUUGGCUACGGCUUUCUACAUUGUCUUCUUGAAAUGAGAAGAAACAGACUGGACUGGAAAAGACUGGACGGGUGCAGACUGGGAAUGGACUCAUCUCUGUGUUCAUGUGCUAAUCCUUGUUGUGGGACUCCUCUUGGAUUACAUGACUGAUGAAACCCCUGGCCCUGUGGACCCAUGUAAAAGACUAGCCGGUGCUGCCCCCUUCUGGUGACUGGGUACAUCAUUCCUCCCUUAAUAAUGUGGGUGCACUACAGACAUGAAGGGCAUCCUCUAUCUACCCCACAGUUAUUACAGAGGAGAGAGCCUGUUGGGUCACAUGGUAUCAUUCUGUUGUAGGGUUAUAAUGUUGGUUGUCUCCAUCCACACCCCAGAAAUAUUUAUGCUGAAGGAUGCAGGAGAUUGAAGGGCAGCGUGUGUGUUAUACCUGUAUACAACCUAAAAUUAGCCUAGCUGUAUAUAUAUUUGGGAAAAGAUAUGACCAAUAGAGAUUUGUCAGAGGUUAUGUUUGAUCAAAAUGACAAUGAUCAAUUCUGCUUGCUCCCACCAAUACUGUUUUUUUUCUCUAUCACUUCUUCUGUCAAGGGUGGAGGGGAAGAUAAACAAAGCUAAUAUAUUAAGAUGUUCUUGUGUACACAAUAUUUUACUUUUAUGCAUCUCUUAUCUUUUCUUAACAGUGCUGUUUUGUAUCUCUUUGUUUUAGAUUUGAAAUACACAUUUUGCACAGGU